AUGAAGUACAAAAAGAUAUACUCCGGAUGCUAUAGACUCCUAGUGGCAAGAAAUCGUAGAUUUAUCACUGGUUUAAUAAAACUAAGGCAGAUGCCGAUGCAAAAGAAAAAGACGAGAUUUGAUGAAAAAUCUGAAGAAAGUAGCAGCUAUGAAAUCCAAUCAAUCCAAAAUAAACCGUCUAAAACGAGAAUAUUACUCACAAGGGCGUUUAUACGCAUUCAAAGACAACUUAAAAAUAUCGCAAAUACAGGGUGCUAUUGUGUGAACACGUUCAAAGACUGGAUGGGAUAUACGUUUUGCUACAUUAUAAUUAAGCGGAAGAAGAUGAAAGGUGUUUUAAGAUCUGUCAAAAUAUAA